AUGGUAUAUCCUGUUAGUCUGUUAAAUUAUCUGCCAGUAAAUGAAAAUAUUAAAGCAGUUCUUGUGUCGGCAUUGGUUUCACAUUAUAACCAUCCACAACAACAUGCCUAUCUGGGAUUUGAUGCUUAUCAAGAAAAUUGUGAUGCCGAUCAGAAAACCACUUAUCUUCAGCAUACAUUUGAUGCUCAUGGUACAAUACAUAGACAAGAAUUGAUCGUUCCAUGGAACAGUAGAGAAAAUAAUAGCUCGACAAAUUUAAUAAUUAAUAUUACUUCUUCGUAUAACACCGGACAAUACCUGGAUCGUGGAAAUCUGAACUAUUUUCAAAUUGAAUUAGUUGGAUAUAUUAUAUGA